CACACUAUGGGCCACCAGGUGGCGGUAACGAGCAUUUCUGCCAUCCGCCAGAAGAAGAAGAGGAAGAAAGUAGCCUGUGGUAUUAUUUUCUUCCUCAACACAGCAAAGACGUACUUCGUUUGGGGAUUUAAAGCACAAACGCUAGCGAUGCACUGCACUGGGCAGCAGUGAUGUUAUGGCUGAAGAGAUGUUAGGGGAACAGUCCAGUAAUGACCUACAGUGUGAGGAGGACCCCGAGGUGUCUGUGCUGCUGCACUGUGCAGCCUGGCGGGGGCUCCUCAGGUCCCAAGUACAAGUGGAGCUCUCUGAGAGAUUUAACAGGCAGACAGAUACGGCUCUAGAGCGUCACAUAGAGGAGGUGUGGGCAGAGCGGGUGUCCAGGGAGCCAUGGCUGUUCAAUGGAGCCAAAUUCAGACUUCACUCUUUCAGUUUGGCCUCCUCAAACUGUCCUCCAUCCCCCUCUGUUACCUCCUCUCUUCCUCCCAAACACCCUGCCAGCAGUUCCUCAACCCAAGCCCCCUGCUUGGACUGUUCUGGGGACCCAGAUGGCCAGUUACACAGCAACCAAAGAGUUACUAAGCAUGAAGCUGCACGAAAGAAUGCUCCUGAAGGAGACUGUCCUGCACAUCAGCAAGAAAAUGGGGACUGUGCCAUACAGCUGAAAGCAAAUACAUCGAUAAAAACUUUGUCCACCUCUGAUUCCAGUGCGUCUGAGUUCAUUGCUAGUGACUUUCCCUCAUGCCCUGACAGAAGCACAGACAAUGGAGAGGCCCCCAGUCCUCUCCUCAUUCUGAGACUGGGUCUUACAUGCUACAAGGACUUCCUGGGAACCAACUGGUCCUGCCGAGCGGCAGAACUGUGCAGGCGAGGAGAGGCGGAUUUUGGAGAUCCCCUCGCGCUAUUGGCCCAGCCUCUGGGAGUGGGCGGUGUCCUGUGUACAUGUGACGGUCAGGUGGUGUUGAUAAGGAGGAGCCAGAGGGUGGCAGAGGCAGGGGGGCUGCUGGACAUCCCUGGAGGGCACCCAGAACCCAAGGUAGUGUGUGAGGCUCUGGGCCAGGAAGGGAGUGAGGAGCACAUCAGCUUAUCUGUGCUGCAGCAGAGGCAGGAGGCCGUGGUGUCAGAGCUCUUCUCCUCUGUGUGUGCCGAGAUCAGAGAUGAGGUGAAUGUUCCUGUGAGUUUCCUUGGAGAGCCUGUGCUGAUGGGCGUUGCUUUGAACCACACCAGUGCUGGCAGGCCAAGCGCUGAGUUCUACAUCAGCUGCUCAUUAACCUCUGAUGAAGUUCGAGAGUUGUAUUGGAGAGGAGGAGCAGAGGCACAUGAAUCCACAGACAUCGUUUUCCUCGGCACAAAAGACAUGUUGCAGCUAAAUAGCAGAAGUCCUCUGUGGAGGGAGCUGUGUCCUUCAGCCAAGGGAGCAGUGCUGCUCUACCAGCUCAUGAGGCUCGACAGAGAACCAGACAGCAGCUGACUGUCUCACACUCAGGGUGUCACACCAGAAAAACCAUCCCGAUGAACCAAUGAACACAAAGAGAGUCUGUUUCUCCAGCAAAGUCUGUAACUCUUUUAAGCAAGUACAUACCUUCACAGUUGUGCAAGCCUUUACAAAACAUUUGUACAGUAAAAACUAUAACAUCAAUAUUUUUGUUGAAUAAAAAUCCUAAAAAGUGA